AAGUCUGGUACUAACAGCAGGAUGGCACCAGAGAAAGGACCCAAGGUAAUGACUAUCCCUAGAUAAUGUAAUAUCAGAGUUUAACUUGCACAUUCCCUGGAUGCCGCUGAAAUAUCUUAUGAAACUGAGGUCAUUUGCCGAAGCCUGAUCAUAGUAAACAUGUAUUGAUCAACUAGUAAAUUUGGUAAAAAGAUAAUAAAGAUAAAUCUUGACAAAUUGACUUUCUGUCAAAGUAGAAGUCAAUUGGGGUUCAACAUCCCCUGACCUGCCCCCUUCACCAAAUUUUUUUCCUGCUCAGGUAAAUGUCAAAACACUUUAUGGAUUUUUGGUUAAUUCGUAAACAUAUGUACAACAGCAGAUAGGCGAACUUUGCAUUUUUGUUUUACACCUGUUGCAGCAACAAGUAGAAAUAAUGGUUUCAUUAGAAUAAGUUUUACUGACCUUUUACACUACAGCUGUAAAGUGACUUAUACAUAAUAAAAUAUAUAUGAUGUAUCUUGACUUUAUACCUGAUGUUUGCUGCUUAUGUUUAGUUCUAAUGUCCUGCUUUGUUGUGUGCUAUUUCAGUACAGAACUUUCAAAAACACAGAUUAUUUUCUGCACUGUCUUCCUUUCCUCUUCUCCCCAUUUUAGGUGCUUCUUACCAGAGUACAAUGCUCUUCAUUAUUUCACCGAAUGUCUAAUUGAAAUACGAAUGCUACGGGCCAAGAAAAGUGCGAAGAAAUGAGGCAAAAUCGCUAAACGAAACAUGUUUUCUAAACACGCUAAGAAUGGCAAAAUUUAGCUCUGCUUGCACCCCGUUGUACGCAUAAUCCCUUAGGAUAGAGUGCUAAGCAAUGACUGUGGUCAUUGCGGGCCCAAGCUCACCAAAGGCUUCCCUAGGAGGGUCGGGAAGAUGUGGUCCCUCAAAUGCUUUGAAACUCGACAACUCCGGAGGUAGAUACAUUUGCUGUUGUGAUACGGACUACUGUAACAUGGACAUCAAUGCGAAACGGUCCCAGCUCCCUAACAGAUCUAAAGCUAUCGAAAACGCGCUUGCGCCGACUACUACAACGCUGGCCAAAAAUCAAUACAGAACGCAGGAGGAGACAAAACAGGUGACAACUAGGCGGCCACAACCUUCAGUGGUCGCCGAGGGACUGGUGCGAAAUACCGCAAAUUGCUCCACAGAUACUGCAGAAGAUCACAAGCACUACGUAGCCGUGACUGUGAAUCACGACAUACUAGCAGUGAUCUUGUUGUCAGCCUCACUCCCGCUUACUGCCCUGCUACUCAUCGUCGCCGCUGUUGCUAUUUAUAUGCGCUGGAGGAAAGCAAUAACAGCCGUGCAGGAAUUUGAAGCCGUAAAGCUGACCAAGGUCACACCCCUUCAGAGUCAUAAAUUCAACGCCCCUGGCGGAAUAAAACGAAUGAUGUCAGAGCAGAAGGUUGUUCAUUUCAAUCUAAACCAGCCCGACUCACCAUGCGGCGCGCGAGGUGCGAUGGGAUCGCCAGACAGGGAAUCGAACGUGUAGUGCGCAUGAAAAGUAAAUCAUUUUUGCAACUAUAUCUGGCUUGACAUCCAAUGGUUUGUUUUGCUCACCUGCGUUUUAGUAGAAGACAAUGUGAAAACCACACGUUUUUACCUGUUAUCUUUGUAAUGCAAAUUGUGUUGGUUUAUUAUCGUUGUAAACGAGUUUUGGUAACUUUUGUUACCUAGAUUAAUAUGUUACUUUCACAUAA